UUUAUUUUUAAACCAUUUUGGACCUGAUUACAAAUGACAUCACAACAUCAUCUCGUCAUCAUCACUGGAGCUAAUCGUGGUUUUGGAGCAAGUCUUGCCCAUUCCUAUGUCCUCCACAGCGAGGCAAACUCAAUUUCAUUUGUACUUGUGGGAAGAAAUCACUCAGGACUAGAAAAAGUCUUAACGGAAUUGCAACAGAUUACUAGUGUUAAUGUUACGGUUAAAGGAGUUGUCGUGGGUAAUGUUGAUCUGAGUAACAUUGAGACCCUAGACACUAACUUGGCCAGGAUCCAAAUCGCUGCCAAUGAGAUGAGACAAAAAGCUGUGGAAACUAAGAACAUCAUCACCAAGUCUGUGCUCAUCAACAACGCAGGAUCCUUGGGCGACCUUGGUAAAUCAACCAAAGAGUUUACAUGGCAGGAAGCACGGGACUACCUUGAUUUCAAUGUUGUGUCCUUUAUUGGUUUGAACUCCAUGUUUCUCAAAGAUACCCUUGCAGCUUUACCAAAGGAGCAAUAUCCGGAUCACAAGACAGUUAUAGUUAAUAUAUCGUCGCUGCUUGCUGUCCAGCCUUUCUCCAAUUGGGGACUCUAUGCUUCUGGAAAGGCUGCUCGUGACAGGUUACUGGGUGUUGUUGCACUCGAGGAGAAAGCAAAUAAUGUCAAGACACUGAACUAUGCUCCUGGACCCCUGGACAAUGAUAUGCAGGCAGACGUCAGACGCACUCUUGGCGACAAGGAGCAACUUAAGAUCUAUGAUGGCAUGCACAAAAGCGGAUCUCUUGUCAAGAUGGACGACUCGAGCCGUAAGCUCGUUUUGUUGCUGAAGAAAGAUGACUUUACGAGUGGUGGACAUAUUGAUUUUUAUGAUGAAUAGGAAGGGACCUUUUAUUGCUUCUUUUCAACCCCUUUUUGAAAGGGCAAAUAGAAGUCCGUCAUUAAUUUGAUAAUGAGGGCUAUUGAUCCAUUCGUUGCCAAUUAAUAAUUCACUCAAGGCAUAUUUCUAAAGAAGAAAAAAUUAGAUGUUACAUCAAUGUAUAUAAUGUGCCUGUGAUAGAUUGUUUAUUCUUUUUUGUGCCUGCGUACAACUUGAAGGAAACGAUGGAACAUGCAUUUAUUAAUCUAC